GGGGGGGGGUCGAAAUAAUGAUUUUGAAUUUGGACUUCCAUCUCCUCCAAGUGAAGACGGAUGUGGAAAGAAAAGAAAAUUUAUGGAAGUUGAUGAGGAAGAAUCAAUAACUUUUGCUAAGGAUUAUGUGAAAUAUUUUCCCAAAUAUCUAUCCAGUUUUGCACUAUUCGAUAAGGAGAUAUCCGAUCCAAACUUCCGAAGAAUUGUGUUGGUGCAAAUUCUUAUUAUAAUGCAAUAUCUUACAGGGUUUUUCCCAGAGGAACAGGCCCGUAUUAACAAAGCGAAAGCACCCCACGAUGCAGCCGCGGUUCAAUUACCUACCUAUACGAUCAUGGAACCACAACAACAUAUGAUCCAGGAAAUAUGGAAUAAAAUCAUUGGACAACUCGAAGAAACAACACCCAAUGGAAAAAAUUUUGUUCGCACAAUACUACAUAUACUUAACAUGGAAAAACGGUGGAAUUAUUGGAAAUUUGCAGAUAAUUGCUCUUUUGGGUCAGAUAAAGAAAUUAAAGAUAAAAUUGAAAGAGCACGGGAAGAUUUUGCUGAAGCUCUGAAGAGAAAGGCUAAGAUGAAUAAAUCUAUGGAGCCUUUCGAAAAUAAAACGGGAGCAAUCAAACUUUCAGAGUUUUGGACAAGAAGUGAUGAUGAUGAAGAAUUCAUGGCAGAUAUAUCUCGUAAAAUCAUAGCACCAGAUUUUCACACAGUGUAUGAGAAAAUAAAGCAGGAUGGGUAUCCGCCAGAGAUAGGGUUUACCUUAGAUCCAUCAGAUACCGUGGAAGAGAAGGAAAUUAAGGAAAAGUGCUGGGUAAACAAAUGGUUUGCAUUGAGAACGGCCAGACAUCAUUAUCUUCUUCAUUUUAACAAACCGGUCAAAAAGGAUGCGAAACUAAAAAAUGCAAAGGAAGUUGAAGAGAAGAAAGAUGAUGUAGAAGCUUUGAAAACGUUGAUUGAUGAAAAUCCGACAUGCAGCAGUGGAAUCGUUACGAAAAAGUGA